AAAGAACCGCAGUGUCUAUAUCUAAUCUACUUCCGCGGGCAGGCACAGGCCGGGCACGUGCCGCGUAGAUAAGGAGCCGAGAUCGCAAAUGCCUUUUGCAACAAAACCGCCAUGGGCCACAAGGCAAUUGUUACCACGCAACACUGACUCGGUAUAUAUACUACCAUCCUUCCCUAGACUUAUCUUUAUUCUCCUUCACGCUCUCUUAAUGACGGAAUACGACUAUUCGCCAGAAGCAGCCGAGCGCUACCAAGCGACCAUGCGACGUAUCUCGCGCUGGGUGGAUGAUGCCGAGGCCCAUGCCUGCGAGUUCAAGUCCCCGUUCGAGCCACGGUCCGAUAUUGGGGAUGACGAGGUUCGUACGCGGGAUAUUCAUGUUCGUUCGCCUGCACCACCACCCGUCGUCGUCCGACAGCGUGUACCGCCACCGUUGUACGCCCCGGUGCCAGGGCCCAUGCCGCCACACAGCCAUGGACCUGCGCCGCCACCGCCUCGUCUCCAGCAAGUACCACUGCAUGGUCCUGCUCCACCGCCUUCUCAUUCACGGCGCACUCAUUCUCCAAGUCGACAUUCGUCAACGCAUCAUUCUAGACACCGCUCUAACCCGACGUACUACGUCUCUCCCUCACCUACACCACCCCCAGUGCCUUAUUACCCACCAGGGUAUCCGAAUAAUGGCCCGUAUUAUACGUCACCGUAUAACAAUCCACCACCGCAAUAUAUCUACGCCCAGCCACCAGGACAAUACGUGCUCGUCCCCCCAAAAGGCCGGUCGACGAAAGUCGUCGUGAGUUAUCUCCCUUAGUCACUUUGCACGGUAUCCGAUGUUCAAGAAUAGACUUCUGUCCAGCCAAUUGUGUUUUCCACGUCCUCGUCGACCGAUUCGGAGCCUCCUCAUCAGACGGGCUCCUUCUUGCACAAGAUGUUGCCAUUGUCCCAUGGUCAUCGUGAUGACCGUCAGCGGGAACACCGGCCGCAACAACAUCAUCAUCAUCAUUCUCAUCACCAUCAUCGACGUAGCUCAUAACGUCCGUUUCUUAUUGUUGUGUUUCUUUUUGUUCUUCGGUCUUCUUCUAUCACGCGUCCGUGUCAUCAAUACUAUAUAUAUAAUCCGGGACAUUCCUAUAGUAUAGGUAUCGAUAUAUCUUAUAUGUAAUGCGCGUUACUGGGUUGUUCAUUAUUCGAGA